UCUGUCAGUUCUGGAAAGAAAGGUGGCCCAUAUAUUUGCACAGUGAUGUGCGUGCCACAACGACUUAGUGUUCUCAUUAUUGGGCAGCAUGAUCCUGUAUUCCAUUAUGUGCACAUGGGCAAUUUCUAGCUGCAGUUAUAGGGUAGAGUGGGGGAAAACGCCCCCGUGAGGUAAAACGCCCCCCGCCUGUUUCCCCCGCUAUGUGGUAAGGUGUACUUACCUGCUGGUACGCCUAAUCUAUGAAUUAAAUAUAGUAUCUUACAAUUCAUUUAUUGCUUAACAGCUUGUCUGUUGAUUUGGCUAUUAAUGUAUGAAGCAAAUCGUUUUUUUUAGGAGGGGGCAUUUUACCCCACUCAUGGGGGGCAUUUUGCCCCACUGCUGGGGUAAAACGCCCCCUUUGUUUACAUUUUAUUUUUGUUAAAAAUCUAAAGAAAUAUAAAGUCUAGGCAGUUUUCAUAGUUGGUUUAUAAUUAAUGUCAUUGCCACUUAUAACCAUGAUAAUAAUUCAGAACACAUUUAGCUUUUGUUUUCACAGUAAUGCCACUUUCCCCGUUUUCCCCUACUCUACCCUAUGUCAAUUUGUUAUUUGUUUUCAGUAAAUACAAAUAUUAUGAAGCUCGUUUCGAAGAGAAUUGUCAAAACCAAUAGAUAGCCUACAAGCUGACAACACAAAUGUAACAUAUUUUUUUGUAAGAUUAAACUAUAGUAUUUGUUUAUAUUUAUUAUGGGGUUAAAAUUCUUUCGGGCAAACCGUGAGAAACUCUUUCGCAACCAAUCAUUUUCUUAGGAUUAGUUAGCCGUAGCCCUUGCCCCCACCUUACACGACACGUGCCAAAGCAAGUUUUUAGACUAUAAAUACAGACCUAACAUCACUUGAAAUUACCAGAAAGCCAAAAUGCUAGACUCACUCACGUUCGUUUUCGAGAAGGUAUUCCUUCUAUCUUAUUUCAACUUAAUAAGAAACUUAUGGCCAGAAGAAGAAAAAGGUUGCAGCCCAUCUUCCUUCAAACGGGGGGAUUUGUUGGAGGUGAAGCGCACUCUUUUCAUCCAUUUCGGUAUAUACCUAGGUGACAACAAAGUUGCCCAUCUCAUGCCUGACAUCAUGCCUGUUCUCACCGAUAACGACAAGAAGAUAAGGUCAGUCGUGACGAAUAGGAGACUAAUCAUUGGUUGCAUCUACAAGAAAGCGAGCAUACGCGUUGACACGGUGGAAGAUUUCGCAUACGGCGCAAGUAUUCACGUCAACACCAUGGACAGCAAAAUGAAAAUGCAGCCAUUGCCUCAAGAGGAUGUUGCACUGAGAGCCGAAAAAUUGGUGGGAGAGAUUGACUACAGCCUGCUCUGGAAUAACUGCGAACACUUUACAACUUAUUGCAGAUACGGCUCACCUGUUAGUCAGCAAACAGAUCAGUUUUGUGAUAUUCUAAAAACAGUGGUCCGUGACCAGAGGAGUAUCCUGCUGACCAUCUCGCUGGGAGUGCUGUCCAUUGUGUGCUUUGGCUUGGCACCGUCAACUACAUUGCCAACAGUACUUAUUCCAUUCACACUGUGGAUGGCAAGUUGAUGGACAUGGAACCUACACAUGAACACUUACACUAGGGCGUCCACUCAAGAACUAAAGUAGCCGAGUGGCUCAACAGAUGAACAUUUGGGUUCAUAUUUGUUGUAAAUGCACCAUCCCAGAGAGUGUAUGCACAGAAUAAGAUAGUUUGUUUAAAGCCGAUGCUUUAGUCUGUUAAUUUUGCGCACAGAGGUUUUAUGAUCUCUGGGCCAUUUGUCAUGACUGUAUUGUAUUUAUGAAUGAAUGGCGGCUUGAGCAUGCUUGGGCUGCUGAAGAAUAUGUAAGAAUGUGCAGCACUGUAUAAUCAGGACAACCUAUUUGAAAUUGAUAGUUAUUUGUCUGGUUCCACUUUAUUUUUGUUCUUUUUUUAUUAUCUCUCCCUGAUAUUUGGACAAGACAAAACGGCUACCAUGCUGACUGCUUUCCUGACGUGUCUGUCAAUAACAUCUUGUAGUUGCACCAUAUUUGCCUAUGACAUGGCUGAUUAACAGCUGGCCUUGUUAUUACUCUACAGCUUUAUAUAUGGGGUUGCAGGUGACCUACCUGAGUGACCAGGCCAUAUGCAUGUGCACACAUUCCUCGGUGAAAUCCUCCUUACCUUGGCACCGCUGAAAACUGAUGGCUACGCAAAGUGCAAUUGCUUAUUGAGGUGUAUUUAGAUGCUCUAUUUUUGUACUGAGUAAGAGAAUUAGAUAAAGAGAGUCUUGAUUGUGUACAUUCUUUUGUAAAGA